GCGGUCUCGGCGACUGAAGCUUCUUUCGACCCUUCUCUUUUGCAUCCUCUAAGCCUGUCGUAUCCCACCAACCACUGGCCGAGUUGGUGAUCGACGGCGUCGUGUUGUCCGGUACUGCACUGCACUGCACAGAGGGGCCUCCAAAACACCUUGGCGCCUCCUGGUGACCGCUACGCGACGACUUCCUUUCGGUCGGCAGAGCUCAUACAGCUCUUGGCAUUCACCAAGAAACCCCUCCAAGCCCCUUGGCGGCGCACUUUUGCUACAAAACCACUGACCGUCUCAGCCCACUAACAUUCCAUCUCUCCGUGCUCUCCUAAAAAGGUCUACAACCCUCCAAUACUCACAUACUCACUGCUGCAAACAUGCCUUCCUUUAGCAUUUCCUCUUCUGUCCUAACCAUUGCCAUCCUGCUGAUCCUAGCACGUCCAGCUCACGCUUUCGGCGCUGGUAACAUUGCUUCUGUUGCUAGGAUCGAGGGUCUGAAUUGGCGCCAUGGAGACAUCGAAGAUACCUUACUUACGCUGGUUAUGUCCAGAGCGGCUGGCGGAAAGAAGUUUGAUAAGAUGAACGUGGCGAGAGUCUAUUUUGGCAACUGGCUCAGAGAUUAUUCCCAAGCAAUCGAUGUCGGUACCGUCAAGUAUGUCUCCGCAGAAGCUAUUCGAAUCCUCCUUUGGGUCCUUGGUUUCAUGACAUUCGGAUAUGGCACAAAGGAAUUUGAAGUCACCUCAGAACGUCUUGGCUGCUACCGUCCGGAAGAUCACAUCGACAACCCAAAGGACUACGCUGAUAACAUCGAUGCUACGCAAUAUGAUACCCGACUUCGUGGCCCAGUCGAUGAACGUGUUGAGUUGGCGAUUGAUCCUAGGACCGGCUUGAAGAACUUCAUUGCAAACGAGAAUGUUGGUAUCAUGACCUCCGCUUUACAUGUCCGCAAGCUGUUUGGUAGAUCUAUUCAGCUGGGACGAUCAUAUGCUCGUAGCAGAAAUAAGGAUGAGCUCUACGAAGCACUUCGUCUAUUGGGUACUGGACUUCAUUGCCUCGAAGAUUAUUCUGCUCACAGCAACUACUCUGAACUUGCUCUUAUCGAAAUGGGAGAGCGUGAUGUAUUCCCUCAUGUCGGCCGUCAAACUCAGAUCCGACUUCAAGGUGCUCAACAUCCUGUUUAUCCUGUGAUCACCGGCACUUUUGGUGGAGUUGACUUCCUUCACUCUGUUAUGGGCGAGUUUGACGACAAGGCCACACAAUCCGAAAUUCAAAAUCUUGAAGGCACCAUGCAAAACAGCGGCCAGGCCAACACAAGCGUCCUCCAAGAACUUCUGAGCUCUGUACCCGAAGGUCUUUUUGGGGGCAAGGACCAGGCUGGCAAAGUAAGUGAGCUCCAGACAAACGCAGCAGCAGCCCAGAUGUCACAAAUGCGUGUUUCUCCCCGUCAACCUGAAGCCUUUACACGCCAGAUGCAGGGAGUCGCCAAACAAAUCUACCCAAUCAUUGAAUGGCACGACGAAGUCAUGAAAUCGAUCACCGAAGCAAUUGAAAAGAUCCCCGUCUUGCCUGAUCUUAUUGAGAACAUUGAGAACGAGAUCAAUAUCUUUGUCUUCUCUCUCCUCGCACCAUUCGUAGUACCAAUCAUCAACCAAAUCAAGACCGAGUUGAACACCGGCUCCUCAGAGAUUAUUCAGAGUAGUAAGGAUAAGCAACUGAUUGUCUUCCAUGAUGAUCAUUCUUCUGAUCCCACGCACUCCAUGCUUGCCAAGGACCAUUUCUCCAAUAUUUUGAACGAGGUUGCCGGAAAGAUUGCUUCUCAAGUCCUUAAGUGGGUCGUUCCACAGCUCAUGCAGUGCUGGGAUGACGAGAGGGUCGAUCCCGAUCGUACCAUCACUCGAAUCAUCAAUGGCGUCUUUCAUCAUCCAGCUCUCAGGAACCAAGGCGAGGAUGGUGCUGUCGAUGGUCGACGCCUCAUGUUUGGCGUCGUUGAAGGUUGGUGGCGCUCGAAGCAGCCGUACGAACAGCAAGAGCUUCGCCAGCAAUUGAGCCGUGACGGUGUUAUGAACGGUCAGAAUCAUAAGGAGGGCGUUCACGAUACUGGCCACGGAUGCGGAAAACCUCUCGGCAUGGCAAAGUCUACAGGUGCUUCGUCUGGCACUGCGGCUGGCGCCUUGAUGGGUGGUAUUUCCGAGGCACUCGGUGGUGGUCAAUAUGGUUCCGGGGUAGGAUUCGGAGGUGGGUCUGGUGGCAACUCCGGCCUUGGAAAAUUCGCCGGGGAAGCUGUAGGAGGCGGAGCUGUCGGUGGGAUUGUGGGGGCUUUGGCCGGUGGACUUGGUGGCUCUCUGUUGGGCGGUGUAUUCGGCGGAGACGAGAAACCAAAACCCCAAGCCUACGUCAAUCAAGGUUAUACACCUCAAGGCGGCUACCAACAGCAAUACACCGAGGUUGCGCACGGCGGAAAUCAGUACGCACAAGCUCAGUACUCUGAGACGCAACUCCCGGGCGGUGGGCGUCAAACCGAUUAUCAGCGCUUCCAGCAGAUUGGGGAUGGACGUGGAGCAGGCUUCGAAGAGCGCACCCAGAUUCAACCCAGUUAUGGAGGCGGCUACGAACAAACCAAUGAACGUAUCUACAGGCAGCCAGGCGGUGAAGUCGACACUGAGACUUGGAGAGAAGGCCAAACUGCCGAUGGCCGUCGCUACCACGAGGCUAGAGCCCACGAGGAACACAGCGAUAGUGAUGACUCUGGACGCAAGAAGCAUGGCAAGCACCAUAAGAAGCAUUAUGAUAGCGAUGAUGAGAACGAUAGGCCACAGCAGUAUCAACCUCCGGGAGGCUUCGGAGGUGGAUACGGCGAACCUCCUCGUGAGCGCUAUGAAGAACGUCGAGAGGAAUUCGGUGGUCGUGGAGGCUUUGGCGGUGGAUUCCAGGAGGCUCCACGUGAGCGGUUUGAGGAGCCGACUAGACAGGAGUACGGGGGUGGUGGUGGCUUUGGAGGCGGAUACCGGGAACCCCCUCGACAAGAAUACGGUGGCAAUGAAGCUGGUUGGGGUGAGCGUGAACGCGAGCAAGAGGAGUAUAGAGAAGAAGUUGCUGAAGAGAGAGAGGAAGAGCGCGAGGAGGAGUACAGAGAGGAGAGACGUGAGGAGGGCGGUGGUGGGUGGUUCUCUUGAUUCCAAACAUCAAGAAAUCCCUCGGUUGUGGGAAUGGGAGACGCGAUGUGUUUGUGAUAUGAUUGGGGACGAGAUGCUAUGAUGUUCAACACCCUGGAGGUGGAGUGAUGCGUUUUCAUAACAAAAGCACGGUUAUUGAUGAUGGAUACAUGGGCAGCUGGAUUGCGUUACGACAAUCAAAAUCAAAAAGCGAUUAGAUAGCACUGAAGAAUGCAUUAGAUGUUUUCUAAGCCCGGCAGUCUAACAUAGAGUUUCCAAUAAACUUGUCCGAGUG